AUGAGGCAGAUUACCAAGUCAACUAUUCUAGGCAUCAAAAGGAAAUCACAGGAAGAAAACAAAGAAAAUACUUGCUUGACUUCCUCAGCAACAAAUAAUGAUUCGCAUAAUAUAGAGCAACCUACAACAUUGCGUCGAACACGACCUUCAAUUGCAGGGUGUUUGACUGAAAAUAUCACACCAUUGAGUAACAUCACAAAUGGUUGUAGAUCACCACGUCAAGUUCAUAUUGGUAAAACAAUACAUGGUUCGACAAUUGAAGAAGGACAUGUAAUUCAAAGAGAUUUGCUAUCAGCCUUUGAAGAGGAGUCUGUCCCUUUACGUCUACAAAUUCGCAAUAACGCCAUACCAGAUUUAAACAUUCCGAUUGACGAUGAGGAAUCUAUCUCUUUACGCAUCCCAAUGCCAAACCCGUGCAUACCAGAUUUAAACAUAACAAUUGCCGAUGAAACGCAUAACUUCGAUACCGGAACAUCCUCUGUUCAUGCAAAUGAAGAGUAUUAUGAUUUCGGUGAUGCAAGCAAUAGUUGUGUCCAUUGUGGGGCGUUGUUUUGGUUCGAGGAAAGGAAGAAAAACUAUUCCUCUAAAGGUCCAACGAUGUUUCCAUUGUGCUGCAACAAUGGCAAGAUUAAGUUACAGGAGAAUGCGUUGCCACCUAAAGGUAUAUUUGAGCUAUUUUUCGGCAAUGAUGAAUUAUCAAAAAAAUUCCUCCAAGACAUUAGAACAUACAACGCCAUGUUUUGCUUCACAUCAAUGGGCGGAAAGAUAGACAAGAGCUUGAACAAGGGUGGAGCACCAACGGUGUUCAGGUUAAGUGGUCAAAACUAUCACUUAAUGGGCGGCCUCCUACCAGAAGACGGAAAAGAACCACAUUUUGCUCAGUUGUACAUAUACGAUACGGCAAAUGAAAAGAACAACCGUAUAAAGGCUGUGAGGGGUAGAGUUGAUCAAGAUGACAUUCACGUAGAAAUAGUGAAUGUCAUUCAGAAGGAGUUGGACCAAAAUAAUGUUUUGGUUCAGUCUUUUCGGAUGGCUAGAUCUGAGCUUGAUAGUAACCCAUGCGCUGAAGUCAAAAUAAAGUUAUUGGGGAAGUGCACUAGAGAUGCAAGGACAUACAACCUGCCUCAAGUGUCCGAAGUAGCAGCUUUAAUAGUUGGAGAUCUGGAUACCAGUAUUGGUGAUCGUGAUAUUGUUGUUCAAGCUAAAGGUGGGCAAUUGCAAAGAAUUAGUGAAUUAAAUCCUUCAUACCUCCCACUACAAUACCCCCUGUUGUUUCUAUAUGGUGAAGAUGGAUAUCGGGAAGACAUUGCAUUCUCUAACUUUGUGGUAGAUGCAUACACGAUAGUGGAGUCUGGAAGACUCAUUUAUAUCAGGACACAUCAAAAAAUCUUAAGAUGUGAAUCAUACAGUGGAUUGACUGAUGCUUUAACCAGGGGUGAAGUAAACCCUGCAGCACAAGGUCGAAGAAUAAUACUACCCUCAAGUUUCAUAGGUGGUGCUCGGUACAUGAUACAAAACUACAAAGAUGCCAUGGCAAUAUGUAGAUGGAUUGGUUAUCCAGAUUUAUUUAUAACAUUUACAUGCAACCCAAAGUGGCCUGAGGUACAACGUUUUCUAAAAGAUCGCAGGUUGAAAGCCGAAGAUCGACCUGACAUAAUCUGCCGUUUGUUCAAGAUGAAGUUGGAUUCUUUGAUUGCUGAUUGUCGAAAGAAUAAACUUUUUGGCUCUGUUGCUGGAGUUAUAUAUACAAUUGAGUUCCAAAAGCGGGGUCUCCCUCAUGCUCAUAUGUUGCUUUUUUUGGGAAAGAAUCAAGACGUUAGUGAUGUUGUUACGCUAGAUAAGAUAAUUUCUGCAGAGAUACCAGAUGAAAAGACAGAUGUGUAA